AUGGCGUCGCCGCAACCGUUGGAGGUGUUUGUCGGACACCAGUCGGUCGCCCGGCAAGGGCCUCAGACGGUCUCCUCACCCCCAUCCACGCCGCCGAUGGUCGCAACACCGUCACCCGUCGCUGUACGAGGCGCACUCGUCCCACCCCGCCCCGCUUCUGUUGCGCAACCACCGGCAGGCGCCGGCACGAACGUCCACCCGACGUCGCACCUGCAGUCUCACGCAUACAGCAGCAUGGUCCACGUGCAACAGCCCCUGCAGCGUCCUCACCACCUCCCAAUGCACGCUCCCCAACCUCAUCCUGCCUUCCUCGGUGUCCCCGUCCCUCUUCUGCACAACCACUUGACGGGCCGCCCCGGGUCUCCCACGGUCAUCGAUAUUGUCCCGACGACGCUUUCGGCGGGCCCAUCUGCUGCCGCCCGUGCGGGGUUGACUGGGCUAGUUGCCACACAAACACCUGCUCAACGCCCACAACACCUCACCAGUCACUUGCACCACCACCACCCCCAUCACCAUCAGCACCGCGGCUCGGCCAGCGACGCCAGCGGCGCCAGCGGGAGCACCGACUUGAAUAACGACCCCCACCACCCACAACACUCUCCAUCACCCCUCUACGACCCACCAUCCCACCACGCACACCAAGACCACAACAUGCCUCCCUCCGACGAAAAGGUCUUCCAGGCCUUGACGCCCGAAGAGCUCGCCGAGGUGCGCACGCAUCCGUUGCGCAUGCAACGCAAGAUUGCGCGCUUUAUCGGGUAUCGUAAGGAUCCGCAAAUCAAGGAGCUCGACAGGGCGCAAGCGUGCGAACGCUGUGUCACGGACGGCUACCCGUGUUUUGUCUGGAAGAAUCCCCUCGCCACUUCGGCCUCGAUCUGGCGCCGCCCAUGCGUGACGUGCUACCAUCAGCGAUGCCCCUUCACCGAGGAAUUUGUCGACCUCCAUGACAACAACCAGGGCUACGCCUCCGAGGACGAGAAGGAACUGGAUGACAACGCCAGGCGCGUCCUGAAGCGUGCGGCGGCGCGCCAGGUGGACCGUCUCGUCACGUCGCCAAGGACAGCAAAGGCCAACAAGAAAGCCGGCAAACGCGCAGCGCGAGCUGUCCCCGACGAGAUCGAGGUGAUCGAGCUGCUGGAUGAUGACGAUGACGAUGAUGAUGAGGACGACGAUGACGAGGAUGAGGAAGACGACUAUGAAGAAGACGACUAUGAGGAGGAGGAGGGCCAGCACGAGCGAUCCCCGGCAACGACCCGCCGCUCCGCAACACGCCCAGCAGCCCGCCCAGCAACCGCAAACGACACACCCAGCCGUCGUCGCGGAGUCGCAGCUGCGCCCCCGCGUUCCCCUCUUCCACCCUUGGCCUCGUCGUCGUCUUCGCGUCAACAAUCGCGUGAGCUGCCGCCACCGCCGCUGUCAUUUGCAAAGCCCAAGCCAAGCGCCCCAGCCACAACAUCCAAGAAGGGUAAAGGCAAGGUCGAGGACAUUGAUGUCACCUCCGGCGCUACAGUUGAAGCUUUUGCUCGCAAGGCACCCCCAACCCCCGUCUCGCUUGAGCCGGCUAGCAAGCGCCCGACGUCGUCCCCGCGUGAAGUUGUCCACCCCGAGCCAGACUUUGAACCCAUGGACUUUGUGGACGAGCUGGAUCCUGAGCCAGAGUCCAAACCACAGCCGCUGCCAGCCGCUGUCGCGCCAAAGCGUGUCGCCGCAGCCGUGCGACCCAUCGAGCAAAACGUGAAACCUGUCAAGCCUGUCAAUUCUGUCCGACCUGUCGAACCCGUCAAACAAGUCAAGCACGUCAAGCACGUCAAACACGCCAAACCUGCGGAACCUGAGGAGCCUGAGGAACCUGUCAAACACGUCAAGCCAGUCGAACCGGUCGAACCAGAGGCUGGGCCAUCCCGCAAGCGCAAACGCCGUUCAUCGCUCACCAAGUACCGGUUCCUCGGUGUACGCGAUCCCAACGCCGAGUUUGCGUGGCCUCAGUCAUCGCCCAACGAUGCCGUCUACAACAUUCACCAAAGCCUGUUUGACGCCGACCCCUCGGUCAAGUGGGAAGUCAUGUCGCCGUUCGAGGACGAUGAGCAGCCUGAAAUGGACGUUCUCCGCCCCACCGACGUCCACCGCGUUCCCUUCCUCACCCGCCUCGUCCAGAUUGACGAACCCCUCGCUACCAUUAUUGCCGACAUGCCCCCAACCUCUACGCUCAUCAAGAGCAACGACCGCGGCGAGCGUUUCCUGCCGCCAUACCUGUACACUCCCAGCCGCGGCUGCGUCGAGUGCUGUGAAAAGGAACAGCCUUGCGUUCUGGCCAACGUUCGCGCUCCACCGCCAUCACUUGAUCCCGGCCACCCGCCCCCGCUCAUGACGCUGCUCCCUCUCACCUGCCUGACGUGCGCGGGCUCGUGCGCCGAGUGCGUGUACCUCAUCGACGUCGGGCCCCAGGUCAUCCACACCCAGCUGCAAGCCAUUGCGUGGCACAAGCGCCCGCCCCCCUCGACCGCAGGCGGCAGUGGAUUCGACGAGCGCACCGUCUGGUUUGACCCGCAGACCGCCUUCCUCGCGUCCGACGCCGCCGCCCAGCCUCAGUAA